AUGGAUGUGCAUGCGAAAGAAAUUGUCGAUAGUGUCUCAUAUUUGGAAACCUACGCUGGUCUUCUUCUGAAUUUGGGUAGGGUCGACGAGGCUGAAAGUAUUGUGUGGCAACUUCUUGAACGCAAUCCUGACUGCAAAUCUUACUAUGAGUUGUUUUAUAAAGUGAAUGAAGUCAGGACGAAUUGUGCAAUGAAAUUAGCUGAGAAGCGUAAAAUGUUGGGAGAGUGCGUUCAAAAGUUUUCGUCGGCUCGGCUUCCAAAACUGCUCUUUUUGGAAACGCUGGAUGGUGAUGAAUUUGGUUUUCACGUUGAUAUUUUUAUGCGCAAGUACCUUCGAAAGGGUGUUCCCAAUCUUUUUGUUCAGCUGAAGCGGUUCUACAAGUCUGAUGCAAGACGAACCACUCUGGAGAAUCUCUACUUGACUUAUCGUGCAAAUCUAGAUGACCAUGGGACUCUAGGCCCCGUUUCGUACGGAAAGUUGAAAUCACCAUAUUCGGACGAUGCUGCAAUUGAGCCGCCAUCAACUUCGCUGUGGCUCAAUUAUCUUAUUGCUCAACACUAUAACUUCAUGAGGCAGACACAAAAAGCGUUAAUUGUUGUUUCAAAGGAAAUCGAUAUUAAUCCCACCAUUGUUGAUCUCUACGUUCUGAAAGCCGAAAUCUAUCGAGAUGCCGGUGAUAUUAUAACUGCCAGUCGAUGGAUGGAUGAAGCUCAGUCACUAGACACCGCAGACAGAUUUAUUAAUGCUCAGUGUACAAAGUAUAUGGUUCAGGCUCAUAGAAUCGGAGACGCUGAGGCAAUGGCCUCAAAGUUUACGAGGGGUAGCACUACAGCCACCCAUUAUCUGAUCGAAAUGCAGUGUAUGUGGUUUUUGAUAGAAAACGCUCGUUCUUACAAAGCAAUGCAGAAAUAUGGGGAAGCACUGAAAUUUUGUCACGAAAUCGACCGAGCUUACACCGCCGUUCUCGAAGAUCAACUUGACUUCCAUUCCUACUGCUUACGAAAAGGCACUCUGAGGUCGUAUGUUGAAACCAUUCGGCUAGAGGAUCGUCUCCGUGACCACCCAGCGUAUUUUGAUGCUGCGUGUUUGGCUAUCGAAAUAUACUUGUACUUGCAUGUAAAUCCACUUGGCAGUGAGGGGCAGGAAGAAAACAAGCAAGGCGCCAAUCCAUCAUCCUCAGAAAUGAAGAAGCUACGUAAUAAGCAACGUCGGGCUGAGCGUCGAGCAGAAGUCAGCAAGGAGGACGAAAGGAAGAGGGAACAUCAAAAUCACCAGCGUAAUAGAGAUAGAAAUGAGGACCCUGAAAACCGGCCACCAGAAGUCGAGCAGCUUUCACCACAAAAACUGGCUCGGCCUGAAAAUGCUCUAAACGAGGCCUCUCGCUUUCUCCAACCAUUAAUCGACCUAUCAGGCAAUCGAGUCGAGACUCACUGUCUCGCUUAUGAGGUCUUCGAGCGAAAAGGCAAGUAUCUCUUGAUGCUUCGUGCCAUCCGUCGGGGAAUCAAAUUGCCUACGGCGAAAGAUCAUCCUUGGUUCAAUGAAUGCCUCUGCAGAUUUCUAAUACGCAUGUCGGAACUAGAACCGGAACCUGGCAAUCUCGUGCACGAGGUCCUGCUGCAGGAAGUGCAUGCCAUUUUCGGGGACAAUGAACUGCCUCGAGCCGAUGAAACUAAUGACAACUUCAUGAAGCGAAACUCUAAGUCUUUCCUGCACGUUUUCCGAGGUAUGCUCACCAAGACUAUAAUUGAGCCAAGAUCUUCAAGCGAUUUCCUGAAGCAAUUGCCAUCACCCACUGAAAAGGAAUUUGGCGAUGUCUCCUGGCAGGUAUUGUUUGAGGCUUUGGAGGUUUUAAGAACCUAUUUGAACCUAAAAUUAGCCCCAGUUACAAAUGAAAUCAUUAAUAGUUUUCGUGACAAGUGCUCACUACUCUACCCUCUUGCAAAUGUCUUCUUCACUGAGACGGCUCUGGAAAGUCACCUCAACGCGACAAUUUGUAAAAAUCCAGCUGCUACUCCUAAUGAGGCUUCUUCCAAACUGUCACCUUCGUGCCAGGACAAUGAAGAGUUUGAUCUGGUAGUCAAAAAACUUGAUGCUCUCUCCUACGAUGAAAACGCUGACGUGAACGGCAAUGCGCAGAAUAAACUGGAUGCUCACAUGUAUGCUAACAAAAAAGCGACAAGGCAGAGGCGGAAGAGGGCUAGUAACGUUGACAAUGCCAGGUCAAAUGCAGCGGAGACAACCAGUAUCUAG